CUAGACUAGAGGAGCUGCCUGCCCGAGAGACGACUUUGAUCUUAGAUGCGCGCUCACCGAAUCCAUCCACAUCGCAUUAUAUAUGUACGUCUUUGUGUAAACAAAACGGAGAGUUGACCUUGAGUGCAUCUUGCAUCUGGGAUUGGAAUGAAUACAAAGCCAGCCUCGAUGAGAAAAGUCAAAGUCAAGCCUAUGUUAGCACACGGAGUGCAUCCCAGAAGACGAGAAGAGAAAUGGAAGAGAGGGGAAGCAUCGGAAGGGACCGAGGGCAGCAGCAGGACGGGAAUGGGAGGGCCGUGACCAUCGCCGAUGGCGACGUGAUAGAGAUGGAGGCAGCGGCAGCGUCGACGGUCGCUUCUUCUGGGCAACAAGGCGAUGAUGCGGCCGGUGGCGUCCACGUCCAGGGGCCUAGGUGGAAGAGAUUUCUAGCAUACGUUGGACCAGGAUUUCUCAUCUCCAUGGCUUACCUGGAUCCUAGCAACUUGCAAACUGAUUUGCAGGCUGGAUACAGUCACAGAUAUGAGUUAUUAUGGGUACUCUUAUUCGGGUUCAUCUUCGUGUUGAUUAUACAGUCGUUGGCAGCGAAGCUUGGCAUCGUUACAGGAAGGCACCUCGCGGAGCUGUGUAUGAGUGAAUACCCCAAGCCUGUCAGGUACGGCCUAUGGUUUUUCGCCGAGCUAGGUGUGAUUGCUGCCACUAUACCAGGAGUUCUUGGAACUGCUUUAGCAUACAACAUGGUGCUUGAUCUUCCUUUCUGGGCUGGUGUACUGAUUUGUGCAGCAACUGUUAUACUGCUUCUCGGAUUACAAAGCUAUGGGGUCCGGAAAUUGGAGUUCAUGAUUGCAGUGUUUAUGCUCAGCAUGGCCUCUUGCUUCUUUAUAGAGCUGAGCCAUGUCAAUCCUCCGAUGAAUGAGUUAAUUGAAGGGUUAUUUAUCCCAAGACUUAAAGGACAUUAUGCUAUCUCAGAUGCAGUUGCACUGAUCAGUGCCCUUGUUGUACCGCACAAUCUCUUCCUACAUUCUUCUCUUGUUUCAUCAAGAAAAUUACCAUCAUCCUCUGAAGCAGUUAAGGAUGCAUCUGUGUUCUUCCUUCUAGAGAACGCAUUUGCUUUGUUUCUUGCGCUCGUCAUAAAUGUUGCCAUUGUAUCACUCUCUGGAACUAUAUGUGCUGAUAAUCUUUCACUGGAUGAUACGAACACAUGCAGCAGUCUCACUUUAAAGUCAGCAUCCGUACUAUUCAAGAAUAUUUUGGGACGGUCAAGAUCAAUUUUUUAUGGUUUGGCAUUAUUAGCUUCUGGACAAAGCUGUGCAGUGGUUACCACCUACUCUGGGCAAUACAUUAUGCAGGGAUUCUCAGGGAUGAGGGUAUUCAUCAUAUACCUUUUUGCUCCCUGUCUCACCAUGGUGCCUACUUUGAUAAUUUGCAGCAUUGGUGGUGCUUUACGAGUUCGUCAACUCAUCAAUAUAGCAGCGGUCAUAUUGUCGUUUGUGCUGCCAUUUGCUCUCGUUCCUCUCCUCAAAUUCAGUAGCUGUUGCUCAAUGAUAGGACCGUACAAGAACUCAACAUGGAUCACGAGAAUAUCAUGGAUCCUGUCGUUGGUGAUCAUCGGCAUCAAUACUUAUUUCUUUUGUACCAGCUUCGUCAGUUGGCUUGUAUAUAGUGACCUACCAAGAUUUGCUAAAGCAAUAAUUAGCACCCUCGUCUUCCCUUUCAUGGCGGCCUAUAUUGCAGCGGUCAUUUACUUGGCUUUCAGAAAAGUUAGUACUAAUGCCGUACUCCCCUCCAGUUCAGUUUUUUGUGAGAUUCAAGUGUCAGAGGUGCCAAGACAAGACAACAAGGAUGAAGUUUUGGCUCUACAUUGCUAGAUUGAAAGAUUGGAUCCAGACCUUGUUUUGGAGACGGUAAUAUCUCGAUUUCUUCAAGAAUGAAGCCGUUUUCGGUGCAAUUAGUGCGAUCCAAAAAGUCCCUUGUAACUCUUUCGAUGAACAAAGCAUCAACUAGUUCAUGUAUAGCAUAUCAUCACUCAAUGGAUGGCAUAUAUAGUGGAAAAUCAUUUACUGGUCUUUUAGUUACUCAAUUGUUUGCCAUGCACGUUCAAAUAGGUACCUAAUAUAAGGUAUUUCUUGUGAUGGCCUACUUGUGCAUAUAUUGUAUACUGAAAACUGCUAUAUGGUCUCUUCAGAAAUAUUUAUAUUGUGGAGAAAUGCUACCUUCCAGCUGGUCUGUUUUUUCAGAAAACUUACUAGAUAGAUAGCCAUCAGAAUAGAAGAGCUUGCCCCACCCAUGAGUAAAUAUUUCAUUGUUACCUCAUUAGACCGUAGAUCUCUCUUGGUAUAUCCAUACAAUAGAUAGGAACAUAAGCUGAAACAUUCUGGAGCUAUAAAGAUAGUUAUUAAAUGUUAGCACCACAUAAAAACAUUCCCUCUAGAGUAGUUGUUAAUAUGAAUAAGAGAAACUCUGUUAUAGCCAUUUCUGUACAUUCAAUAUACUCUAAGGAUAGAGGAAUACAUAAGUUGAACAUAAUAAAAUGAGAAAUUGAAAGAUUUUGUUGAAACUGUUUGUUUGGAAAUUUUCCAAAAAGCUAAUUGUAGGUUCUUCUCUCCAUUGGAACAAUAGGACCGUUAUGCUUAUUACUCCCUCCUUCCCAAAAUAUAAGGCGUCAAUUGACUUUCUUGGUCUUCGUUGCACAACUUCGACUAUGAUUUUUACGUAUUGUAUAUCUAUAAAAUUAGUAUACAUGUAUAUGCAAAAAAAAUGUUUUGCAAGACAAAUAUGAUGAUGCCAUUUAUACAUGUUCAAUCCAGAUACUUUGACAUAUAUUAAUGGUCAAAGUCGUGCAUCAAAGACCGUGCAAAGUCAAUUGUGCCUUAUAUUUGGGAAGGAGGGAGUACUAAACUUGUUUUUUUCCUUCAGGGGUAUUACUAAACUUGGUUGAAGAGAUGAAAUAGAGCCAAGGUCUAUCUUCUCUAUGAGAGGUUGAAUUGAUCAUCAGAAGAAAGUUAAUUGCAAAAAAAACAACAUCACAACAACCAGAAUAAUUUCAAAAUCACUCGCCGUUUUGGUUUUUCUUUAAAAAAAUUGAAACUGAUCUUAUGUAAUGCAUUUUUGAAAUAGCACGGACCGGCAGCUAUAUGGCCACCUAGUAUAUAUAUCUAAUAACAGCCGCCCAUCAACCAGCUGUAUAGAGUUGUGAUGUUACUUAUAAUCAACCUAAUAGCCCACUCAUAUAAUAGUAAGUCAUAUUUUGUGCUAUGUCAUUAAUAUGUGAAUCAUAGGGAUGAGGGAACUGAACAUAGUUCAGAUUAUUGGUUCAUGCUGGUGGAACCAACCAUCAGGGUUCAAGCCCUAGACUUGGCACUAGUACUUGCAUUUUUUUGGAUUUAUUUCAGACCUUCCGACGAUAUUCGUUCAACUUCUAAACUUGCCACUGGUGCUCACAUUUUUUUGAAUUUAUUUCAGACUUUACAGCGAUGUUUGUUCAGUGAGGGAGAUGUGGUGCUCAUAGGAGCGGGGUGGGUGUGCGUGUGUUCAUAGGGAUGAGUCUAUGUGAGCAUCUACCAUUGUAUAUGAACCCACUACAUGUGAAGUGAAUCAUAUUUUUCUCUUAGGAAGGAUGUUGAAGCCCGUGUUACCA